AACAAAUUAGUUUGUAAGGUUAUGUUAUGACAACCAAAAUUAGCUUCCGCGCACUAAUUGCCAGUAAUUCCGGUAAAUUAACAGAAUUUCUGCAAACAAUUAAAAAAAAAUGAAGUGUUGUGUGUGCAAUUGUAAGUGGGAAAAGAUAAAUAAAGUCAGAAAACUCAGAAACCUUCAUUUCUUUGGGUUUCCUAAAGACGCUGAGCAGGCCUUAAGAUGGACAAGUAUAUUGAAAAUUGAUGAUAAGGAGGACCUACGCAACUUAAAAGUUUGCGAAAAACACUUUGAUGAAAAUGAUUUUUUUCUAAAUAAAAGAAAAAUGUUCUACAAAGUUGGUGGAUUGAAGCCAAAUGCAGUACCAUUGCCCUUUCAGGAACAACCCAUUUGCGCGAAUGGCCCAAUUUCAAGCAAUCCAGGUUGCUCUUCAAAUAUAGAUUUGGCCGUUUUGAGCAAUGCGGAAGGAGCUGUAAAUCAAAACAUUGAUCUGGAGUCGCCUACUGUAGAUCACAUAAGCCAAGAAUCCGUUGAAUUCAAGCUUGAAAUCGAUUACCUAAAUGAUGAAAAUUCUUGUGCCUUAGAAAGCCGUCUGGAUGAUGAUCCGCUGCGAGAUGAAUGUAAUUCUGAUGAUACAGAAUCUGAGAUUGAGACACAAAAUAAUACAAAUCACAUUCACCAUGAAAACUCAUCACAGGAUCCCCGAGAUUCAUCACCUGACCCACAAACGGAUUCACAACGUAUUGCAAAGAGAAAUCAUAUAAGGAAGUUCGUUGAAGCCACUGAGAGGAUUUCUUUUAGGAGAGCAAUGGAAUCUUCAGAGUCCUCAGAUUCCGAUAGUUCUCCUACACGGAGCUACGUGCGAAAGCUCAAGAUUAGGAGGCUUCGUGAGGAAGUAAAGAACCUCCAGAGAACAAAAAAUACAUAUCAAUGUAGAAUUAAACGACAAUCCAAAAAAAUCUCAAUGAUGAGAGAGCUUUUGUCUGAAUUAACAAAAAAGAACUCAUUAAUGCUGCUUAAUAACGAGAAAAAUUAAAGUUUAAAUCAUAAGUUGAAAAAUAAAUUUAUAUGGCUGUAAAUUGGAGGCAAUAAAACCUUCAGAGGAGUAAGAAAUCCUUAAUAAAGCUCCUAUAUUAUCCUG